AUGGUUGGUUGGUAUGCUUUAGGAAUCGCGCUUUUUGCUGCGAUCGGAACCUUUCUUUUUGGCUUCGAUACUGGGAUUGCCACCACAACAAUUGCCCAUGAAAGCUGGAUCGAGUACAUGCAGCACCCGUCAGAGGGCUUGACGGGCGCGGUUGUCGCGGUCUAUAUUGCCGGUGAAGCUGUCGGUGCCCUGCUGCAAACCGCCGUCGCCGACAAACUUGGUCGUCUUCGCUUUAUGGAGUUGAUGUGUAUAAUCGUGACGAUAGGCACCACAAUCCAGACAGCAUCAAUCAAUAUCGGGAUGUUUCUAGCCGGGCGUGCGUUAGCCGGUGUAGCUGUUGGAGGCAUGGUCGGUACCGUUCCCAUCUAUCUCAGCGAGAUCUCAGACCCUCGGUAUCGCGGUCUGAUCGGAGGGAUCUCAGGUUGCGGUAUUGCCUUUGGCACAAUGGCCUCAAAUUGGGUCGGGUAUGCUUGCAGCUGGGCCCCAUAUGGCGCCGUACAAUGGCGCCUUCCUCUCGCCAUCCAGAUACCGUGGGGUGUCAUCAUGUUCUGCGGUUUAGUAACCUUCAUGCCGAACUCGCCGCGUCAUCUGGUUCGAGCGGGCAAGGUGGAGGCAGCACGCAACGAAUUCAGCCGAAUCCGCCGGGACCUCAAUUCGCUUGAGCUGCGGCAGGAGUUUGCGCAGAUGCUGGCUCAGAUCGAAUAUGAGAAGGAGAGAGAGAUCACCUCGUACAAAGAGAUCUUCAAGCUAUUCAGACAUCGUGCGAUGGUAUCAAUUGCUGUGCAAACCAUGACCAGUCUCACUGGUGUCAACGUGAUUCAGUCACUUGGCAUUGACCGUCACACCAUCCUCGCUCUGGCAGCAGUUUACGGCACUGUGGCAUUCCUUACCAAUGUCCUCACCACGAGGUUCCUGACUGAUCAAUGGGGUCGUCGAAAGAUGAUACUCGCCGGUCUUAGCGGCAUCAUCGUCGUCGAGAUUUAUGCUGCCGUCAUGCAACGCGAGUUCCAAAACACAGAUAACCGGAUUGGCAAGGGAUUUGCUAUUCUCGGGAUUUACCUCUUCGUGGUGAUCUAUUACGGUAUGCUGAACAGCACGACUUGGCUCUACGGCGCUGAGGUCCUGCCCAUAGCCCUCCGCAGCAAAAUCAUGGGGCUAGCAGCAGCGUCCCACUUUAUUGUCAAUGUCGCCAUCACGGAAGCCGGCCCUAGUGCAUUCGCAAAUAUUCACGAGAACUAUUACUACGUCUUUGUCGGCUGCACGCUGUUCUUCCUCGUCGUGGCUUAUUUCUAUUUCCCUGAAACAAAGAUGAAGACUCUCGAAGAGAUUGCUGCCUCUUUCGGCGAUAGGGUUAUUGGUGUAGAGGAUGUGGAUCCUGAUGCGAAGCCUGGGUCAGGGGUUGUUCAUGAAGAGGAGAGCGGGACUCGUUAA